CGUGUGAAUUAUUGACACGAAAAAUACCACGUCCAAAAAGACCUCCAACUUAUUUUUCUACAUACAUUUUACACUCAACCGUGGCAAUGAAAUACGUAUUGGUACAAUGGAGUUCUGGUCACAAAAAAACGAGUAUUUUGACAGAAAAUUACGUUCGCGAUAAAUCCAUGCUACACGACUUCACUAAAGAAGGGAUUAUAUCGUUCUUAACUGUAGAAAGAGGCGAUGUUUCUACAGUGGUAAAUAAAGGAAAACUUGGCCGGGUUGCUUGCGUGAGCGAGGAUAGAAAGCUACUGGAAGAACAUCAAAGUCUGUUGUUAUCUGAGGAUACGGAGCUCAUUGAUGAUAAUCAAAUCACAAGUCUGGCAUUACCAAUAUCACAACAUAGACUGGUAAUGAGGGACAAUUAUAUGGAACAGGGACCUUCAUUGAGAAAUAAAAUGGAACAGCUUAAUAAAGAACUGACGAAAGAAAAAACUAGAGUGAAAGAGCUGAUGAAAAUGAAUCAUAAGUUACAAAACGGUCUUCCAGAGUUGCUCACACAGGCAAUGCAGUCAAACGAAUUCAUCACUUCAUUACGCAUAUGUCCAAACUGCCGGCAAACAUGUGAUGAUGCAUCCUAUAACAUGCCUACUGUGGUAGCACAACCAGCACAAGAUGAACUAUUCCCUGCAAACAAUAUGAUUGUAGCAAUGUCCCCUAACCUCACAUCGUGUACCAUUCACGAGGCACAAUUGACACACACAAGCCCCUUGAAUACAGCACCAGAAAGAGCUAUGUCAUAUGUUACUAUGGUGAAUUUGCCAAGUAUUCUUAGUGGUCAUUCAAACAGAGGCAGCCCAGAUCCUGUAAUGGAGUUUCAUAAAGACCAUCAUGGAACAGGAACUUCCAAGACUGAUGAAAACAUGCCUAUCAUAUCUUCAUCCGAGACACAACAAACUAUGGCACCAACUGAAAUGCAAAAUCACGAGGAGCAUACAGAAGCAUGUGAUGUAAUCGAGGCAAAACCAUUCCAACCUCAAGAUGUUAACUCUGGUAAAAAGGAUUCAUACAGGAAGUUAACACUGUCCAUGAUGACUCAAUAUUUUAACAGAGACAUCCUUAGAGUCUCAAGUGUAACAGGUCAUGGAAAAGACACACGCAAACCAUUGGAUAAAGACAUAGUCAAACACAUUAUUGAAACUGUUAAAGCACAAUAUCCCAGUGUUAGCGGAAGACAAAUUAAAGCAACUAUGGCACAGAAAUGCAAAUACAUCAGACAUGUGUGUAGAAAGAAAACAAUGGAAAACAUGUCGGUGACAGUGGAAGGAGGUCUUGAGAACGAUGGUGAACAAUUGUCGCCUUCAUUGCCACAAAGAAUAGAAGCAAUGCCAGAAAUGAACACGAAAAAGUCUAUGUGUUAGGGAAAUUGGCAGGCAAUUGUAAGGUUAAAAGGACAAAACUCAAAUUAUAGAACAUAUAAAACAAAGCUCUUUACUCUAACCUUCACAAGCUCCAAGUUUAUAUGUUUUGCGUUCUCCAUUAAAGUUGAAAUCUUUCUUCAGGAAAUAUCUCUCAAACUCUGUAGUUAAGUGAUAAAAACUAGUCAUUAGUCACAGCUUUCUAGUAGGAUUUUAAAUUUUAAUCAUUUAAAUUUAAUGAAAGAAUAGUUGGUAUGUUUAUACACCAAAUAGAUUGGCUUACCUCGUUUGGGAUUAACUUUAAGUAAUUCCUUACAGCUUUC